GGCUGUUUUGCGGCAACCCACCAAUCACGAGGCCGCAAUGGCUUGAAGCCCCGCCCCCUCCUGCGGCAAGGACAACGGACGGAGCAGGGCGAGACACCCACCCGCAGAGUCACGUGAGCGGCUAACUGUGGAUCCUUCCAUUUGCCAGUUGGCAUCAACUCCCUUCCUCAUAACCCCUGCAGCACCAUUAGCUACUGGUGACCACUGAAAUUGGACAGGGUGGUUUAACUGGGCAUCCAGUGCAGGCAACAAUCGCCACACCAAACCGCCUUUUCUGUAGAGAACAAAACAAAGCUGCCAAGAUCCCAGCCUGUCUCAAAUCCUCCAGCAGUUUUACAAAAUAGAAAAUAACACAAUGAAUGUACUAAAGCUUCACCGCCCGAAGGUUCCUUGUACUGCAAAAUUUGAUGAAGAAUUACGUGAGGAGUCAAUAGUAGUUAUUAAAGGAAAAUUGACUGAUGAUCCCCUCAGAUUCGAUGUUAAUUUUCAGAAGGGCGACCAUCCUGAUGCAGACAUUUUAUUCCAUUUCAAUCCCCGUUUUAAAGAGGACCUUGAGAAAGUGAUAUUUAAUUCUCGGGGACCGGAUGGUUGGGGAUUUCAGGGUGAGAAGUAUGAAAAGAUUUCUUCCAGAAAUUCUCCAUUUAAGCUGGUGUUCAUGGUGUGGAACAAUUCUUUCCAGGUAUCUGUGAAUGGUAGACAUAUCCUUGACUAUCCACACCGUUUAGAAGAUUGGAAGCCAGAUACUGUUAUAGUAUUUGGAGAUAUACAAGUAGAAAGUAUUGAUGUUCUCAAACUUUGAGGCUAAAAAAACUGAAGGAAGAGAGUGAAACUUCUAAAGCAAAAUUGAAUUACACGUCAAGAGUUAAAGUAGCAGUUCAUCAAAUUCUGUAUUUCUUUUUGUUUAUACUUGAAAAUUGUGUUAGUUCGUGAUGACUUUAGAUACAUUUCUUACAAAGCCAAUAUUGAUUCACUUUAAACCAUAGGGUUUAAAAAGGUGGUUUAUAUUGGGCCAUAUGGAAGAGUUGGUUAUGUAUAUCUCAUUGUUCAGUCAAUGUUAUUUUCAACUGGAUAAUUA